AUGCGGAGUACCUUUACUCUCGCCCUCGCUGCCGCAGCGGUCAUGGGACCGGCGGUGGCGUCCGGCUCGACGUCUAGCUCUCGCAGUCGCGAGCGCCGCUCCGAACCAUACCACCACUCAAAGGGGCGCGACGGAGCGUUCAACCCCAACCACCCCGAGCUGCAGGCCAUCAGGCGGGGCGCCAUCACUGCCUCGGUGGCGGAUGUGGCCAACCAGUCAUUUGACUUUGUCAUUGCCGGCGGCGGUCUUGCGGGACUCGUCGCUGGUGCACGUCUGUCGGAAUGGAGCAACGUCACAGUCCUCGUCAUUGAGGCCGGUGGCGACGGCUCGGAUGUCGAGACUCAACAGACCAUUCCAGGAUACACCUACCUUCACGGUAUCUCCAGCAACAGUCCCUAUGGCUGGAACUACACCACGACCAACCUUACUGGAUGCAACAUGUUGACCAAGAACAUUCCCCUUGGCCGUGGCCUCGGUGGCUCUGGUGCGGUCAACGGCAUGUUCUGGUGCCGCGGUGAUUCCGUCGAGUAUGAUGCUUGGGGAUCACUCAACCCCAACGGCAACCAGACUUGGGACUGGGCCGAGGUCAACAAGUACAUCAUGAAGGCCGAGAACCUCACGGUCCCUUCGCAAUCAAACAUCGACACUUUUACUAUUCCCAUCGACACUUCGGCACACGGCUCGGGCGGUCCUCUUCAGAUUGGCUGGUCAUCCUUCAUCUACCCCGUCGUCGCCAACUGGGUACCUACCUGGGUCAACAUGGGCUUUGCCGCACUGGACCUUGCUGCUGGCAGCACUCACGGUGUUACAAUUACCCCCUCGACUCUCAAUGCUCCUAUCGGCUCACGCUCGGACUCGAAGACGGCGUACAUCGAGCCCAAUAGCGCUCGUCCCAACCUCGUCGUCCUCACCGGCCAGCAGGUCACCAAGGUCCUGUUCAACGGCACCAAGGAUGCCUCGGGCAACAUUAUCGCGUCAGGUGUUCAGUUUGCCGCCUCUGCCUCCGACACCACUUACACGGUUAACGCGAACAAGGAGGUCAUUCUCACAGCCGGAACUAUUGGCACCUCCAAGCUGCUCCAGCUUUCGGGUAUUGGCCCCACCUCGGUCCUCACCGGCGUCGGCAUUGACACUGUCCUGGAUCUUCCAGUUGGCUACAACUACCAGGACCAUGUCUCGUACACCAUGUACUUUGACACUGUGGAUGGUAUCGAUUCAUGGUACAACCUUGCCACCAACGACACCCUCCAGGCCGAGGCACUCGCCGAGUGGGAGGCCUCCAAGACUGGCGUGUGGACGUACAUCAACGAGGCUGUCGGCUACCUCUCUGGCUCGGACAUUCUGGGUGGCUCUGCGGGCGCAACAUCCUUCGUCAGCGGUCUCGACACCACUGCCAUGGUCACCACCCUGGCUUCCAAGUACACCUUGCCGUCGACCGUCCAGGCUGGUCUUAAGAAGCAGCUCGACCUUCAGACCGCCUGGCUCAGCCAGAGCCUGGGCCAGUUUGAAAUUAUUCUGCACCUGUGGGGAAAAUCGGCCACAUCGCUCGGCGUCCAGGUCGCCCUCCAGCACCCCUUCUCCCGUGGACAGACGUACAUCAACUCGAACGACCCCUUCGUCAUGCCCAUCCUCGACCCUGGAUACUUUGACAUUGACGCCGACGUUCAGAUGAUGCAGGACGCGACCGCUUGGGUCCGCACCAUGACCAACACGGCUCCCAUGAACACGAUCAUGACAAACGAGUCUCUUCCCGGCGCCUCCGUUACCGGCGACGCGCUUACCACUUACUUCAAGACGGCGUGCGGUACAGAGUACCACCCAAUCGGCACGGCGUCCAUGCUUCCCCAAGAGCUCGGCGGUGUGGUCGACACCAACCUCGUCGUGUACGGUACCAGCAACCUGCGCGUCCUUGACUCGUCCAUCAUCCCCAUCCACGUCUCGGCACACACCAUGGCCUCGACGUAUGGCGUUGCCGAGAAGGGCUGUGACAUUAUCAAGUCUCAGCACUGGUAUGUGGCUCCCGUCGUCAGCUCGACCUCGACUUCGGCAAGCGCCACGUCCUCUGCGACGUCAUCGGCCAACACCGAAUCUGCCACUGCCGAGGCCGCCGCUGUUGCAUCGACUGGUCUUUCCACCGCUGCCAAGAUUGGCGUCGGUGUGGGUUGUGGCCUCGGUGCCAUCGGUGUUCUUGCUGCCAUUUUCCUCUUCUGCCUUAGGCGCAAAAAGUCCAAGCCCGAUACCGUCACCAAGGGCGCGUACAUGCAGGGCAACACCAGCGACCAGUGGAUGGAUGGUUACAACACCCCAAACGCGUUUGCCAUGGCGGGGCAGAAUAGGCCGUCGCUCGAUACCAUGGCCACGGCUGAUCUGCACCACCCCAACCCGCAGGCCGCCGGCUACUACAACCCCCACUCUCCCGCACCUCAGCAGUACACCCCGCCCAGCCAGCGGCCGAGCCACCUGGCCUUGGAGCAGUACUAUGAUCGCCAGUGA